GACGUGAAGGCGUCAAACCAAUGAAAUGCAAGAACAGAGGGGUGUAAGUGUGGUGUAUCAGACUAACCCAGUCAGCUAUGAUACACAGACACUGGAAUGACCUCAGAUUGCUAACAAAUGGCUACAUUAAUGGAGCGUUUGGCUUUCUUACAAAAAAUGCCGACUCUAAUGAAGGCGACUGCAGAUGACGAAGCGCCUUGUCCCGGGUUCCUCUUCGAAGAAAUUGGCAAAAUUUCCCAUGAGUCACCGGGCUGCUGUCAGUGUCUUCUUGAGUACCUUUUGGAAAGGCUGCAGGUUGAGUCGUGUCAUGUGAAAAUUAAAGUGAGGAAACAAAUCGAGCAGGUUGUUAUGGUUCUGAAGAUCCUGCUGCAUCUCUGUGGCCACAGUCCUCCGCACUUUGUCACGGAGAUGAGAAGAAACGCCACUUUCAUCCAGGAAGUAACGGUGUAUAGUGGUCCUCCAGACUCUGUUCAUGGCAAUGCACUGUUUCAGAAAGUCCGGGUCUCAGCACAGGAAUUGGCCAGUGUGCUCUUCAGUGACAUGAUGUCUUCAGGGUCUGGUGUCUUUCCCUGUAAAGCAGCAGCUCCAACUACAGGAAUGGGAUCAGAGUAUCUCCGAGCAGGAAUGCUGGGAUUUGGAAACAGCCCAGUGAGAAAAUCAUUCAGUUCUGUGGGUAUUUUGGAUAAGAUUCAGAAGGCUGCAGAGGUGGUGGCAAGCGCUGUUCUUCCACCAACAGAGCACCCUGGGAUUCGGCUCCACGAUAAUCACUAUCGGGCUGUAGUAGCGCCCUCUGCUGUUGUGGAGGUUGCAGUGCCCGCCUGUGCUUACAGUGUCCCUUCACACAGUUGCAAAGUCUCUCACAGGUGCCCUGGCCGGGCAAGUGGCGGUUGGGAGGAAACGGGCAGUGGCCACAGCUCUUCUCACAACUCGUCUUUGGAGAAUGAGCCAGUCGUUCACACAUCAGUAAGGGGAAGCAGCAAGUCAACAGACACUGGCAGCCACUCAGGGGGCAGUGGAGAGAGUGGAGACAACGUAUCAGAACGUGUGGAGGCUGUACAUUUGGGUGACUGUGGCCAGGAGAUGGCGCUGAUCAGUAGACUGACGAAUGGAUCUACGAUCUUCCUGUCCAGAAACGAGAGCCAGCGUUUCGUCAAAGAGUGCUCCACCUUAAACUGUGAGGUUGUGGUAGAACUUCUGUGUAACAAACUACAGGAUCCGUCCCAGACCAUCCAAAUGAGGGCGCUGUGUGGUCUGGCUUGUCUGAUGUGCACAGAUCUGCUUUCUUUAGAGCAGAUCUUCAGUGUUACACAUGAACGUCUCAAUCAGUUGAGUAAGGGGACGGCAGGACCCGUGACGAACAAGGCAACCAAGCUUCUUAGGCAGUUUGAAGCUCUAUUGGGUUCUUCCUCGGAAGUAACCAAGCGUGACGUCGCCGCGUGUUCCGAAUCAUCCACUUCUCCACAUUCAGAUCAGCCUUUAAAUCCAUCCUUCACUAGUCCUUUUCUCUCAACACCACUGAAUGCUGCGGUCAAGAAACUUUCAUCUAGAAGUGAUUCACAGGCUCUCUCUGCUGGACAAGAAGACCAGGAGGGCGUUUCUACUGACUCGGAGAGCAUCCGAAAAGAGCGGAUUGUUCUAGAAAGUGAAGACAGAACCACAGACCCUCGUCAGAGCUCCGAGUCGUGUGUAAACCAUCCCAGACUGUCACUGUUUAGUGGCAUGGAGCUGAUCAACAGAGGGAAACCAGUGUGUCUGGUUGAGCCUGUUCUUGUAGAAACAGAUACCCAGACCAGAGAUGACAUCACCAUGGUUAUGGAGAAGAGCUCAGAAAGAACAGCAGAGCCGUCAUCACCCUCUAGUGCUGCACAAAUGUCUGCGUUCUCCUUCCUCAACCUGUGACCUGGUGAUGGCUGUCAUGUUGCUGUUCUUGUAGAUGACUUUCUGUUGUUAAAUUUAAAUAUUUUGGGUCGAACCAGUCAUCGUAUGAGAAAAUCGUCUAGAACGGAAUAAUAUCUGUGAAUAUUUAAGCAUACACCAGAUACAGGAAGGAAAAAAAAGAAAAAAGAUACCAUUUAACAAAUCAUCCAGUCUGACACGGUCAUAUUUGGGAGUAAAGUGACCUCUACAUCAGGGCAGUUUAUAGAUUUAUAUGGUUACUUAAAAGGACACACAAGUUUGUCCUAUUAGGUUGCAAGUCCAGAUGCUGCUAGUGGCUUAUAAUAAAUGGACUGGGAAGGAUUUUGGGGUAGAAGGUUGCUGGCGAACUGAGCAGCAACAGAUGAGAUACAGUGUAAUAAUAACGGAGACAAUUUGUCAUCAUGUGAGGUGUAAUAAAAUGAAUCAAGCCAACGCUGCCUCCUCUAAAGGAGAAAGAAGCUUCCUGUUUAUCUCCAGGCUUCACAAGCUUAUAUGCUAACAUUCUAUGCUGACUCUGAGGAAAUCACAGCAGCAAUUGACGUCUAUCAAACAAAAACGCAGUUCAGCUCCGGAGCGAUGGCUGGCUUUUUUUUUUUUUUUUUCCACCCUUUAUGAUCACCUCAUCGAAAUCUUGAAAAGCGAGUGUUAAUGUUUACUUAACCAGGCUUCAUGGUUCACACGAAACGCUUAUUCGUUUUUUUUUGUUAAAAAUCCUUUAGUGUUGAAAUCUGAAGGCACAUAAUAAUGAGGCAAUGUUUGCUUUUGCACUGCUGAAAAUCUCAAGUAUCAAGACACCACUGUAUCGGAUUUGAAGUCUGUGUAUCUUUAUGUUGUUACUAAAUGUUCAGUAGUUUUAACUGAGAAAAUGGCCAAACAGUGUCAGUAUUCCAUAUCCGAUUCGUUCGGGUUACUGUGUGGAGUUUUCACAUGUUCUCACCGUGUCCAUGUGGGUUCUUUCUAGGUUCUCCGUUUUGCUGCCACCUCCAAAAACCAUGCUCGGUAGGUGGUUUGGCUACAGAUGAAUUUCCUGUGUGUCCAGCGGGUUUCCCUGCUGCAUGCCUAGUGAUCUCAGGAUAAGCUCUGGCUCUGCCACGACCCUGAUCAGAACCCUCUGAGACCACUCUUAUCACAGCUGUCACUGUCUCUAUAUUAAUCAGAACAAGUUAUGGACUUGUGUUUUGCUGAAGACAUAAAACGAAUAGGAGACGUACCUCAGGAUUAUGCUCCUCUAAUGUUUACCUUGCAUGACCCAUUUUGUCUCUUCAAGAAAUGUAAUAAUUAUUUAUCUUUUGCACUAUGGGGUUAUUCCUCGAAGCUACCGUAGUCUUCCAGUCAUUUAAAAUCUUUAAAACCACAAGCGUUAACAUACGAAAUCAUUUCAGCAUGUUUCUUUUUAAUGAACAAAAUCAUCUCUGUAGGUUUCACAGUCUGUGCCGUGUGUGAGAUACGGAUCUAGUUAUAUCCACGUGUCAGGAAAUACGACGUAUUUAAUCAUACCUUCGAUUACAGAUGGACGUCAACACGGUUAUUUAAAAACUUUUAUUGUUGAUAUUGUAAGAUGAUCAUUUGAGAAAAUAACUGUUUGUUUGUAAAUGAGUUAGCUAUGUUAUGUACAAUUCUACAUACAAAACAUGAAAGUGAUGAUUAUUAUUUUCAAAACUGAUAGUCUUACUUCCAACCUUUUUUUUUUUUUUUUGCCCUGUAAGCCUUUCAAAAACAAUUCAGAAACGUAGUUUGGGGUUCGUGCACCACUCUAUAAUAAAUUCCCCUGAGACACAGUACAAGCAACACGCACUUCCUCAAACUCGAUUAUUGUCAGGAUUGUAGUCGACGUCUGUUUCGCUGCUUGAGUGCAAACUCCACAUGUUCAAAUAAAUGUAACAUUUGUUCAUUUAA